AUGACAAUAGAUACUUUAAACUUGUUUGGAGAGAAUGUUACUGACACGGCUCAAAGUUAUGAUAUCAUUGGAGACACACAAUGUGAGAUGGAAAAUUACAAGUCAGCUGUAGAGUCAUAUCAACAUGCCCUUCAAAUCAGAUUAAAAGUGUAUGAGGAAGAUUAUUCUGACACAGUAAAAAGCUACGAAAAUAUUGAACUCGUACAAGUCGACGGCAUGAAAAAUGUUGUGAGCAUCAUUACACCAGAAGGAAAAAAGUUGCCAGAUUGGAUGAAAUGUUAA